AUGGGAAAUGCGUCCAAYGCCUCAGUGUUCACCUCCACCUUAUCAGAGAGAGAAGACCUGAUUUUUGGCACGCUCUAUUUAGUCUUUGGCCUUGUGUCGCUCUCCGGCAACUCGCUGCUCCUGCUGGUGGCUUAUCGGAAGAGGUCCAUGCUGAAGCCUGCGGAAUUCUUCAUCGUGAACCUGGCCGUCAGUGACCUGAGCAUGACAGUGACCCUGUUCCCCUUGGCCACAUCGUCCUUCUUUGCACACAGGUGGCUCUUCGACCGCGCAGUGUGCACCAUCUACGCCUUCUGCGGKGUGCUCUUCGGCCUCUGCAGCCUCAGCAGCCUGGCGGUGCUCAGCACCGUUUGCUGCCUGAAGGUCUGUUACCCAGCGUACGGGAACAGGUUCUCUCCGUCGCACGCCGGCGUCCUGCUGCUCUGCGUCUGGGCCUACGCGCUGCUCUUUGCCACGGCGCCGCUGGCCGAGUGGGGCAGCUACGGGCCCGAGCCCUACGGCACCGCGUGCUGCAUCACGUGGAACGCCGCCAGCCGCCAGGCCGUGCUCUACAUCCUGGCCCUCUUCGUCUUCUGCUACCUCCUGCCCUGCCUCCUCAUCCUCGUGUCCUACGCGCUCAUCCUGUGGCGGGUGAAGGGCUCRCGCAGGGCCGUGCGGCAGCACGUGUCUCCGCGGGGCCGCGCGCCCGGCGUGCACGGCCUCGUCGUGAAGCUGAGCGUGGCCGUGUGCCUGGGGUUCCUGGCUGCCUGGACUCCUUACGCCAUCGUCGCCCUCUGGGCCGCACUGGGGGACGCCAGCCGGGUGCCGGCCCUGGCCUUCGUGCUCUCAGCCGUCUCCGCCAAGUCCUCCACGCUCUACAACCCGCUCGUGUACCUGCUCUUCAAGCCCAACUUCCAGAGGUUCCUCCCCAAGGCCGUCCUGCUGCCGGGAGCCGUGCGCGCCGCGCUGUGCUGCGGGUGCCCGCACGCCCCGCUGCAGCCCGGCGCCGACGGGCCGCGCUUCUCCCCGCGCCCCGGCGGCCGCCGCGGCGCCUGCCAGGGCUGCCACGACCCCUUCGAAGGCUUCGGCAGCUACCCCAGGUGCUACAAACUCUCGGAGCGCCCCGAGGCGGCGCCCGGGCCCGCUCCGCUGGCCAUCCUCAGCGCUGGCGCCUGCCAGCCCGGCCUGCGGCGCUCGGUGCAGCUCAUGGUGCUCGUCUCAAGGCCGAGGUCGGGYCUGGCUGCCACCAGCGCCGCGCACAAAGGGCUGCCCUCCGACAUCGCCAGRGACCUUCUCUGA